AUGGAUGGAGCUUGGCACGAAGAUACAUUAUCAGCGGGAUUGGGAUUUGCUUUUAAGAAUCCACAGAAUGAACUUAUGACCCGGGGAUUGCUCUCAGAAAACUUCGUCACUUCGGCUUUGGCCGCAGAAGGUAUGGCGAUUCGCUUUGCUCUCUUGGAGGCGAUUGAAAUGGGAAUUAAACGGGUUGGGGUGACUUCGGAUUCUAAGCAGCUGAUACAGGCAAUUUCGAAACGUCUUUCGAUCACUGAGAUCUAUGGAAUUCUCCAAGACAUAUCUCACGUGUCCUCUCAAUUUGAAUUUAUUGAUUUUGUUAGAAGCCUAGUGGUGGCGAUGAAGAGGGUGGUGGCGAUGAAGAGGGUGGUGGCGAUGGAGAGGGCUUGGACCGCUUGUUGGCUAAGUAUUCCACUUCUGAUAUUUGGGUUUGAUUUUAUGAGGGAUAAAGGGGGGUACGAUUUAAACAUUCAUGCAGGUGGGUAUUGGACUUCAGAUGGGUUGUAUUUAGGUGGGGAUACUCAUGUUGUACGGGUGGACGCAGGCUGGGAACUGAAGAAGAAAAGUCUUAGUGACAUAGUUAUGUCAAAAGGGUAUAAUGAUAAUAUGGAUACAUUUUCUUAUUUUCCCUCUGGAAUAGAAGGUAGUGAUAAGAAGGAGUUAGAGAACGAUAAAGAUUUGGAGGAAUGGAGAAGAUGCUGGGAUGGAAUGGCAACAAUAAACAUAUAUGUUGUGAGAAGUGAUGAUCCAAAUCUUCUGCGAUUUAGGACUGAUGAUCAUAUAAGUUCAGAUUCUAACAGUGAAUCUGACUCUGAAGACGGCGAGACCGAGGAGAGUGAAUCCGAGAAAGAAGUAGAGGGAGUUCGGUAUUAUUCAGACAAUGACGAGUUAGUUGGAGAACAUAGUUCAUUCCAUAUAGAGCAGGUUUUCGAGACCAAAGAAAGUUUCAAGAGAUCUAUUGAGAAGUAUGCAGUUAAAGGACAAUUGAACAUUGCAUUCAAGAGGUCUGAAAGCAAGAAGGUGACAGCUAUCUGUGCAGAAGAAGACUGUGAUUGGAGGAUAUAUGCUUCUAUUAACAGCGGUUCUGAUGGAAAAUUUGUGGUUAGAACAUAUGAUGAUGAACAUAAGUGUUCAUGGAGCGGGAAAGUUAAGCUGUAUACAGCAAGGAAAAUUGCUGCUGAUUUUGUGAAUGAAUUCAGGAUAAAUCCAAUGUCUAGCCGUGUGAUUAAAGGGAGAUUGGAACAAGAUCGAAUAAAUAUGUCAAAGGACAAAUGUCAAAGAGCACGUGAGAUAUGCCGCCAAACACUUGAAGAUCAGUAUACGGAGCAGUUUUCUAGAAUGUGGGACUAUGUCCUUGAGCUGCGAGAGUCGAAUCCUGGAUCCACUAUUAUACUUGGAACAAACGCUCAAGUGUUUGAGAAGUUUUAUGCGUGUUUCUAUUCUCAGAAACAUGGAUGGAAGAAAGCUUGUAGGCGUAUUAUUCAUCUUGAUGGAACACAUCUCAAAGGCCGCAUGAAAGGUCUAUUAUUGAGUGCAAUUGGUCGAGACGCUAACGAUGAGAUGUAUCCUAUUGCUUGGGCAAUCGUACCUGUGGAAAAUAAAAUCCACUGGAAGUGGUUUCUUGAACUUCUGCAAGAUGAUUUGGAGUUUAACAGCGGAAACGGUUUGACACUGGUUUCAGAUCAACAAAAAAGACUGAUAGGUGCCAUCAAAUUGGUAUGUCCAGAUGUUGAAUAUAGAAUGUGUGCUUGGCAUAUUUUGGGCAAUUUUAGGAAGAACCAUGGUGAAUCACCUCUACUCAAAACUGCUUUUUGGAAACUUGCCCAUGCUUAUAACAUAAGAGAAUUUGAGAGUGCACUUAAUGAUAUGAAGAUAAUAAGUUCAAGUGCUCAUGCCGAUAUCCUGAAGUAUGCUAGGCAUUGGUCCAGAGCUUUUUUCAAUGAUCACGUAAAAUCAGAUGUUGUGGAAAAUAACAUGAGUGAAAGUUUCAACAAUGUUAUAACUCUUGAGCGUUAUAAGCAUGUGAUGGUGUUGUUGGAGUUCAUUCGCCGUUACGUUAUGCACAACAAUAAAAAAAAGUUAGCUGAGAUACAAAAGUACAAAGGAUACGUAACACCUCGUGUUAAGGCUGAGCUUGAUCUCCGGAAGCGGAAAUCAUAUGACUGUCAAAUUUAUCCAUCAGGAAGAGGAUGGUUUGACAAUAAUUUUAUUGGGUUAUAA